CUGUGGACUGCAAUUACCAUGUCUGACUCAGUAAUUCUUCUCAGCGUGAAGAAAUCUGGAGAGGACAAUCAUGGUUUUGAGUCAGACAGAUCAUAUGACAAUGAUAAGAAAUCAAAGUUAGAAGAUAAGAAGAAGAAAGGUGGCAGCAGUCAAGUUGGCUUCUUUCAAUUGUUUCGAUUUUCUUCAAAGACUGACAUUUGGCUGAUGUUUGUGGGAAGUUUAUGUGCAUUUCUCCAUGGAGUAGCCUAUCCAGGCGUGCUACUGAUUUUUGGCACAAUGACAGAUGUUUCUAUUGAGUAUGACAUGGAAUUACAAGAACUCAAGAUCCCUGGAAAAGCAUGUGUGAAUAACACGAUAGUAUGGACCAACGGCUCCGUCUACCAAAACGUGACAAAUGGAACGCGCUGUGGGUUUCUGGACAUUGAAAGUGAAAUGGUCAAGUUUGCCAGUUACUAUGCUGGCAUCGCUGUCGCGGUACUUGUCACAGGAUAUAUUCAAAUAUGCUUUUGGGUAAUUGCUGCAGCUCGUCAGAUACAGAAAAUGAGAAAACUGUACUUUAGGAGAAUAAUGAGAAUGGAAAUAGGAUGGUUCGACUGCAAUUCAGUGGGAGAGCUGAAUACAAGAUUUUCUGAUGAUAUUAACAAAAUCAAUGAUGCCAUUGCUGACCACAUGGCCAUUUUCAUUCAGCGCAUGACCACAAGCGUCUGUGGGUUCCUGCUGGGAUUUUACCGGGGUUGGAAACUGACCUUGGUUAUUAUCUCUGUCAGCCCUCUCAUUGGGAUUGGAGCAGCCAUCAUUGGUCUGAGUGUGUCCAAGUUUACAGACCAUGAAUUGAGGGCCUAUGCCAAAGCAGGGGCAGUGGCUGAUGAAGUCAUCUCAUCUAUUCCAACAGUGGCUGCUUAUGGUGGUGAGAAAAAAGAGGUUGAAAGGUAUGAGAAAAAUCUUGUGUUUGCCCAGCAUUGGGGAAUUAGAAAAGGGAUAGUGAUGGGAUUCUUUACUGGAUUCAUGUGGUGUCUCAUCUUCUUGUGUUAUGCUCUGGCCUUCUGGUAUGGCUCCAGACUCGUCCUGGAUGAUGGAGAAUAUACAGCAGGAACCCUUGUCCAGAUAUUCCUCAGUGUCAUAGUAGGCGCUUUAAAUCUUGGCAAUGCCUCUUCCUGUUUGGAAGCCUUUGCAGCUGGCCGUGCAGCAGCCACCAGCAUUUUUGAGACAAUGGACCGUAAACCCCUCAUUGACUGCAUGUCAGAAGAUGGUUACAAGUUGGAUCGAAUUAAGGGUGAAAUUGAAUUCCAUAAUGUGACCUUCCACUAUCCUUCCAGACCAGAAGUGAAGAUUUUAAAUAACUUAAGCAUGGUCAUUAAAUCAGGGGAAAUGACAGCUAUGGUAGGAUCCAGUGGAGCUGGGAAAAGCACGGCACUGCAGCUCAUUCAGCGAUUCUAUGACCCCAGUGAAGGCAUGGUGACCUUGGAUGGCCAUGACAUUCGCUCUCUUAACAUUCAGUGGCUUAGAGCUCAGAUCGGGAUAGUGGAACAAGAGCCUGUUUUGUUUUCCACCACCAUUGCAGAGAAUAUUCGCUAUGGCAGAGAAGAUGCAACGAUGGAAGAUAUAGUCCGAGCUGCCAAGGAAGCCAAUGCCUACAGCUUCAUCAUGGACCUGCCACAGCAAUUUGACACUCUUGUUGGAGAAGGAGGAGGCCAGAUGAGUGGCGGCCAGAAACAAAGACUAGCCAUUGCUAGAGCCCUUGUCCGAAACCCGAAGAUCCUACUUUUGGACAUGGCCACCUCGGCACUGGACAAUGAGAGUGAAGCCAUGGUGCAAGAGGCACUGAGUAAGGUUCAGCAUGGGCACACAAUCAUUUCCAUCGCUCAUCGCCUAUCCACGGUUAGAGCAGCAGACGUCAUUAUUGGUUUUGAACAUGGUACAGCAGUGGAAAGAGGCACCCAUGAAGAACUGUUGGAAAGGAAAGGAGUUUACUUCACUCUAAUGACUUUGCAAAGUCAAGGAGAUAAAGCCUUUAAUGAAAAAGACAUAAAGGGAAAAGAUGAAACUGAAGAUACCUUACUUGAGAGAAAACAGACCUUUAGCAGAGGGAACUACCAAGCUAGCUUAAGAGCUUCCAUCCGGCAACGGUCCAAGUCUCAGCUUUCUUACCUGGGACCUGAACCUCCAUUAGCACUUGUAGAUCAUAAGCCUACUUAUGAAGAGGACAGAAAGGACAAGAACAUUCCUGUGGAAGAAGAAAUUGAACCUGCCCCAGUUUGGAGGAUUCUGAAAGUUAAUGCUCCAGAAUGGCCCUACAUGCUGGUAGGGGCUAUGGGCGCAGCUGUCAAUGGGACAGUCACACCCUUCUAUGCCUUCUUCUUCAGCCAGAUUCUUGGGACUUUUUCAAUUCCUGAUAAAGAAGAACAAAGGUCACAGAUCCAUGGUGUGUGCCUGGUCUUUGUAGCAAUAGGCUGUGUAUCUUUUUGCACUCAAUUUCUGCAGGGAUAUGCUUUUGCUAAAUCCGGGGAACUCCUCACAAAAAGGUUACGUAAAUUGGGUUUCAGAGCAAUGUUAGGGCAAGACAUUGGCUGGUUUGAUGACCUCAGAAAUAGCCCUGGAGCACUGACAACAAGGCUUGCUACAGAUGCUUCUCAAGUUCAAGGGGCUACCGGCUCUCAGAUCGGGAUGAUGGUCAAUUCCUUCACUAACAUCACCGUGGCCAUGAUCAUCGCCUUCUUCUUUAGCUGGAAGCUAAGCCUGGUCAUAGUGUGCUUCUUCCCCUUCUUGGCUUUAUCGGGAGCCAUACAGACGAAAAUGUUGAUGGGAUUUGCCACGCAUGACAAGCAGGCUCUGGAGGUCGCAGGACAGAUUACAAACGAAGCCCUCAGUAAUAUUCGCACAGUGGCUGGGAUUGGAAAGGAGAGGCAGUUUAUAGAAGUGUUUGAGACUGAACUGGAGAAGCCAUACAAGACAGCCAUCCGAAAAGCAAAUGUUUACGGAUUCUGCUUUGGUUUUUCCCAGUGCAUUGUGUUUGUUGCUAAUUCUGCUUCCUACAGAUAUGGAGGUUACUUAAUUCCCAAUGAGGGGCUCCAUUUCAGCUAUGUGUUCAGGGUGAUUUCUUCAGUUGUACUGAGUGCAACAGCUCUUGGGAGAGCCUCCUCUUAUACCCCAAGUUAUGCCAAAGCUAAAAUCUCAGCCACACGCUUUUUCCAACUGCUGGACCGACAACCCACAAUCAAGGUGUAUAGCAGUGCAGGUGAAAGAUGGGACAACUUCCAGGGGCAGAUUGACUUUGUUGACUGUAAAUUUACAUAUCCUUCCCGACCUGAUAUACAAGUUCUGAAUGGUCUCUCAGUGUCUGUUGGUCCAGGGCAAACCCUGGCAUUUGUUGGAAGCAGUGGAUGUGGUAAAAGCACCAGUAUUCAGCUGUUGGAACGUUUCUAUGAUCCUGACCAAGGGAAGGUGAUGAUAGAUGGGCAUGACAGCAAAAAUGUAAACGUCCAGUUUCUCCGCUCAAAGAUUGGAAUCGUUUCCCAGGAACCAGUGUUGUUUGCCUGUAGCAUAGUGGACAAUAUCAAGUAUGGAGACAACACCAAAGAAAUCCCCACAGAAAAAGUCAUAGAAGCUGCAAAGCAGGCUCAGCUGCAUGACUUUGUCAUGUCCCUUCCAGAGAAAUAUGAAACUAAUGUUGGGUCCCAGGGGUCUCAACUCUCUCGAGGGGAGAAACAACGAAUUGCUAUUGCUCGGGCCAUCAUACGAGAUCCUAAAAUCUUGCUACUAGAUGAAGCUACUUCUGCUUUAGACACAGAAAGUGAAAAGACGGUGCAGGUCGCCUUGGACAAAGCCAGAGAAGGUCGGACCUGCAUUGUCAUUGCCCAUCGUUUGUCCACCAUCCGGAACUCGGAUAUCAUUGCUGUCAUGUCACAGGGGAUAGUGAUUGAAAAGGGGACCCAUGAAGAACUGAUGGCCCAGAAAGGAGCCUACUACAAACUAGUCACCACAGGAGCCCCCAUCAGUUGACCUGACUUGAGAACUUCAUGCACAGUUGGUGCACCAAUUACAGAAGUGCUGUGGGUUUUUGGUUUUUUUUCUUUAAGCAUAAAUAAUGAUAUUUUACUUUUACAGACACAGUCAUACAUUGGCAUCCGAGCUAAUUUCUAAUGACUUUCAAUAGUAAUUUAGCUUUAAAUGUCUGUAUAUAGAAAAUGCAAGAAACUAGGGUCAGUGGCAGUGAGAAUCCAAUGUCAAGCAGCUGCUCAGCCAUCACCCAGUGCUUUCUCCAUGCAGGAGCCAGUCCCAGUUACUACGUGGGUAUUAGCAAGACUUGGAGGAAAUGAGACUGAAUUUCUCAGGGACAGAGAACCAUCCUUUGUGUUUUUGAACCCUCAGUGUACACAAAGCCUGGUCGAGAAUAGGCACUCGACAAAUGUUUACUGAGCUGGGCCAAGAUCAUAUGGAGAAGAACACAAGGACUGAAGACCAACUGUAUUUUGUGACUGAAGUUUUCUUGAAUGUGAAAGCAGAUUCACUUAUGUCGAAGGAUGAGGAUGGGGAAAGGAGGACUUUGGUACUCUGGAUGCUCUCAGGCUGAAAGGGGCAGAAAAAGGCAAGUAUUAGCAGCAGCUUACCAGUCAAGGAUGUUCAUUUAUAGAUUCAAGGUUAGUAUGUGGGUGGUGAAGUCCCCAUUUACUGGACUAGAUUCUGCCGGGGUGCCUGGAGCAGGGGGUCUAUCCCAAGCCUGUACUCCUCCUCAUCCCCCUCCACAUUGUUUGCUGUCCUUUGUUUCUCCAAAUCCCAGCGUGAAAUGAAAAUAGUGAAUUUUACCUUGUAUAAGUGUUUUCUUCCUAUGGCCAACAAAUGAAAUUCUGCCUACAAAUUAAGCCUGAGCUAUUGUAUAUUGAGGUAUAUUAUUUAUGUUUCUGGUCCAGUGUUUCCUGGUAAAUAACCACACAGGUGGUUUAACAGGUUAACUAGUUAGGUUAGGAGCAUUGAUGGUUGCAAAGUCAGGGAAGGAGAGGGUGGAGGACAGCAUUCUAGUUAAGUUAUGACAAAUGGCAGUGACAAGUAAGUUGCAGAAUAAAAAUGCCAUGAGAAGGAAGUAAGCUUUGCAGUAAGCAUGUGCUCAUCUUGUAAUAUUGAAGAAAGAAGACCAAAAUCUGUUUAAGUUUGCAUUUCAAAGAGGAGGAACAUAAGCUCUGUGCUGGGAGGCUGCCAGUUUCCUGGAAUAGAAUGUGUAGGAUGAGAAAAACGGAUGAUUAAGAGUUAUUUUUUAGGGGUUUCCCUGGUGGCGCAGCAGUUAAGAAUCCGCCUGCCAAUGCAGGGGACACGGGUUCAAGCCCUGGUCCGGGAAGAUCCCACAUGCCACGGAGCAGCUAAGCCCAUGUGCCACAACUACUGAGCCUGUGCUCUAGAGCCCGCGAGCCACAACUACUGAGCUCAUGUGCCACAACUACUGAAGCCUGCGUGCCUAGAGCCCGUGCUCUGCAGCAAGAGAAGCCACGACAAUGAGAAGCCCGCACACCGCAACAAAGAGUGGCCUCUGCUCGCUGCAACCAGAGAAGGCCUACCGGCAGAAACGAAGACCCAACGCAGUCAAAAAUAAAUAAAUUAAAUAAAUAAAAAUUUUAAAGAAAGUUAUUUUUUAAAUAAGGUCCUUGGAAGUUAUUGAUGAGAGGGAAAAUGUUGACUGGAGAAGGCUUGAAAUG